AGGCACACAAAGGAAACCUGAAUGAGAGCAGGAGAGGAAGCAAACAGGAGAGAGCGCAGGGAAGGCAGCAAACACCUUGCCGGUUCAAGGAGGCAAAGCUGUGAAGAGAACAAUCUUUCCCACGGAAAGCCUGCUUUAAUGUAGCAAAGCCAGCUUUUCUUGUCAAAAAGAUCAGAAAUCCUUUCCCAGGCUUCUGGCUGCUUUCCCUGUGCUUGCCAACAAGAUUGGCAAACACUCUUGCCAGCUACGGUGGGUGUGAUGGACAUGAGGACAUGGAUCGAGCCUGUUGUCGGCGCAGCUCAACUGGCCAGUGCUUUCUAUGACACGGGGCUCCUUCUCGUGGUGAAGAACUACUACAACCAGACCUACGUGGCCAAUUCCAGCGAGGUUGUGCAGCAGAAAGCCAUCUCCAACUUUUACAUCAUCUACAAACUCGUGGACAGCCUGACCCCACUAGUUUCCGCUUAUGGCCUGGCUAAACUGGGAGAUCUGAAGAACAGGAAGAUCUCCAUCUGCGUGCCUCUGGCUGGCUACUUACUGUCCCGGAUCCUGCUGCUCCUUUUGAUUCUCCUGGGGUGGCCGAUCGAGGUGAUGUAUGGGGCUGCCGUCGUGCAUGGUCUGACAGGAGGUUUCACCACUUACUGGGCCAGCGUCAUGGCCCUGGGCUCCCAGGCCUCCUCUGAUAGCAGGAGAUCAUUGCGCCUCAUCCUUAUCGAGUUCAUCUACGGUCUAGCUGGCUUCGUGGGGAGCAUUGCAUCCGGGCACCUCUUUGUCAGCUUCCAUCUUACUUACCGGCAUGGCACCAUUUUGGUUUCUUUGAGUGUAGCUUUAUAUGCUUUCUGUCUUGCCUACAGCUUGCUUGUCCUCAAAGUGCCGAAACCUGGCAGUUCUUACCUGGCUGAUUCUACCACAGAUGUGGACCACCCCGACAAGCUGGCUGCUGACGAUGCAGAGCCCGUCUUGCAUGAAGCCAGACAGCAUCCCCCAGUGGUAUCUUUCAAGCUUAUUGUCAUGAUGUUUGUGGGGGCUAUCAUCUAUGACAUAACCGUCACAGGAGCCAUGGAUGUAUUGCCUCUCUUUUUGAUCAAGAAACCACUGAGCUGGGGUCCAGAAUAUAUUGGUUAUGCCAAUGCCGCUGGCUACAUGAUAUUUAUCACCAGCUUCCUAGGAGUCUUUUUGUUCUCCAGAUUUUUAAGAGACACCACUAUGAUCAUGAUCGGGAUUGUAUCAUUCUCAGCUGGCAUCCUUAUCAUGGCCUUUGUGCAACAGACAUAUCUGUUUUACAUUGCUCGUGCAGUGAUGCUCUUUGCUCUCAUUCCCUUGCCGACCAUCAGAUCUUUGUUAUCCAAACACGUGGAAGGAUCAUCCUAUGGCAAGGUGUUUGUUCUGCUGCAGCUGUCGCUGGUGAUUGCAGGUGCUGUGACCUCAACAGUCUAUAAUAAGAUCUACCAAAAAACACUGGACUGGUUCAGCGGCUUCUGCUUCCUAUUGUCCUGCGGCAUUGGCUGCCUAAGUCUCAUCCCUAUCAGUAUUGUCGCAUGCAAGCAGCAGGCAUCCGCUGGUUCACUGGAAAUUUUAAUGGACUGAGAAGCGAAAGAGAGGGCACCUGUUUCAGAAGCAGAGAUUCGGCAACAUCGUGGGACCAUUUCUGGCACUGAGCAGUCUGGCAGACACGAACUGUGAGGAGCUGAGAGGCCCGCUAUUAUCUCAUGUGCCUAGGAUGAUACAGCCAAGGGUAUCAAGAACCAGCAAAGAAAUCAGUAUUUCCAGAAAGGAAUUAGCACAGUCCCUGCUUUUUCGGUGGGCCAGAGUUGCUGCUGGAGUCUCUUUAGGCAGAUCAGGUUCCAGAGCUUUGAGUGCAGCUUUUUAAAAGCAGCACAUUUCAUGAUCCUUUUAAAAAGAAAGUGCCUUAGAAUUAAGUGCUACUAAUGGAGGCUCCAGUACUUUGGCCACCUCAUGAGAAGAGAAGACUCUGUGGUAAAGACCUUGAUGUUGGGAAAGUGUG